AUGGAGGCUUUAGCCCUUCCUCCGGAGAUCCACCGCACUACAGAAGUACUCGACCCCAGCGACGGCGACGAAGGAGAAACACUCGUAUGCACAGAGGAUUUUGAAGUUAAUCCUUUCGACGGCCUGCCUUAUUCUUCCCGUUACUAUAAACUCACGAAGGAACGGGAGGAACUGCCGGUAUGGCAAGUGAAAUACACGUUUAUGGAAAGUUUGCUUCAUAAUCAGAUUGUGAUUGUGGCAGGAGAUGCUAAGACUGGCAAGAGCUCCCAGAUUCCUCAGUGGUGUGCUGAGUACUGCCUCUCCAACCGCUACCAACACGGGGUGGUUGUAUGCACCCAGGUGCACAAGCGGACAGCGGUGUGGCUGGCGUGGCGCGUGGCCGAUGAAAUGGAUGUCAACGUUGGCCACGAAGUGGGGUAUUUCAUCCCGUUUGAAAGCUGCUGCACAGCAGAAACCAUCCUGAGAUACUGUACAGACGACGUGCUGCAAAGAGAAAUGAUGUCUGUUCCUCUCCUCAACUACUAUGGAGUCAUCAUCUUGGAUGAUGUGCAUGAAAGAACUGUUCCAACUGAUGCACUACUUGCCCUGCUUAAAGUUGUCUUAGUAUCACGGCCAGAACUGAGGCUGGUGAUACUCACUGCUCCCCAUAUGUCCAGCAAAUUGCAGAAUUAUUACGGCAGUGUCCCCAUCAUACGAGUGCAAAGCAAACACCGCACAGAGGUUGUAUACACUUGUGGCAUCCAGAAAGACCACUUUCUGUCUGCACUAAGGCUGCUCUUUGAGAUACACCAUGCGAAAGAGAAGGGUGAUAUUGUGAUCUUCCUGGCAUGCGAACAAGAAAUUGAGAAAGCCUAUCAAAUUAUCAAACGAGAAGAGUCUAAUUUAAAUCCUGACCUUGGAGAACUCAUCCCAAUUCCUUUAUACCCCACAAGAAAAGACUUCAUUCCCAAACCAAAACAAGAUAAACAGAAAUGCUGCAAAAAGUACAGAAGAAAAGUGCUACUAACUACAAGUUUUGGAGAAUCUUUAGUUUGGAUAAAAAAUGUAACAUUUGUCAUUGAUGUCGGAGUUGAAAGAAGGAAGGUAUACAAUCCUAGAAUCAGAGCAGACUCUGUUAUAAUGCAGCCUAUCAGCAAAAGUCGAGCAGAGAUGCACAACCAAAUUCUGGGAAUGUCUUCAUCAGGAAAACUCUUCUGCUUGUACCCUGAAGAAUUUACAUACAAAGAAAUGAAACCACAUCUACCAGCCAAAAUACAAGAAUCAAACCUAACCAGCCUGGUUCUCUUCCUAAAGAGGAUGGAUAUAGCAGGCUUGGGACACUGUGACUUCUUAAGUAGACCAGGUAAUGAUAAUGCAGCUAUUCUCCAAGUGCUUUAUGCUUUGCUGGUAUUUAAAGAUGAAUUUUGCUGUUAUUCACAGUGCUGGUUUUAACAAAUAUGACGUACUUAAAUUAUUACUGCUCCCACCUUUACCUUUACCUAGUAGCCCUGACA